GAUAACAACACUCUGAUUGUGAGCAUCUGAAUCCAGGAUGCAGGUCUGGGUGCUUCUCGUGCCAAUGGCACUGGUGAAUGGUGAGGUGACCAGAAUGGAGUCGUGUAGAGCUGGACAUCCUGGAAUUCCAGGAAAUCCCGGCCAUAACGGCAUUCCUGGAAGAGAUGGGCGGGACGGCUCCAAGGGUGAUAAAGGAGACACAGGCGAGGUUGGGAAAUUUGGACCCAGAGGACCCGAGGGAUCUAAAGGCGAACCUGCAACACCAGGCCCCCCUGGUGCAGCAGGUACAAAAGGAAGACGAGGGGAACAAGGUACUAAAGGAAUACCAGGCAAAAUGGGACCAAAGGGAAUUCCUGGACCAUUCGGACACAAGGGACAAAAGGGGGAAGUAGCACUGCAAGGGGAGCAGGGGGUCAAAGGAGACUCAGGACCUCUAGGUCCAAAAGGGGAAAAGGGAGCUGUGGGACUGCAGGGAAAGAUUGGACCACCUGGUGCCAGGGGACCUCCAGGUUUCCCAGGUGUAAGAGGAGACCUAGGUGCCGAUGGUCCAUCAGGGCUUCCCGGAAUUCAGGGUAUAAAGGGAGGCAGAGGGGAUCGUGGGGAGAAAGGGAACACUGGGGAGAAUGCAGUGAUACGGAACAGUGCUUUUAGCGUAGGGUUGACGGAAAUAUCCAAGAUGCCUCGUUCGGGUGCCCCAAUUAAAUUUGAAAAGAUCUUGUACAACAGCCAACGUCACUAUGACCCCACCACUGGGAGAUUUACAUGUCAGCACCCGGGGGUUUAUUACUUUGUCUACCACAUCACUGUCUACGUCAAACAUAUGAGGGUGGCCUUGUACAAAAACGGUGUUCAGACCCUCAAUACCUUUGAUAGUUACCAGAAUAGUGAGGACCAAGCCUCCGGAGGUACUCUGUUGCAGCUGCAACAUGGGGACCAAGUGUGGCUUCAAGUAAUUGGUGGUGAUUCGUUCAAUGGGCUGUAUGCAGAUCCCAAUGAUGACACCGUCUUUACAGGCUUUCUGCUGUUUACUGAGUGAAGUGGUUCACAUAAUCAUAGUCAUACAGCACGGAAACAGGCCCCUCGGCCCAACAUGCCCAUGCUGACCAA